AUGACUCUGAAUUGUCCAGAAUCAGUUUGUUUAGGUGCAGAAUGCAGUUUCGGUAUCAUCGCUGAUGUCCAGUAUGGCGACUUAGAAGAAAGGUACAACUUCCAUAAAACACGACUAAGAAAUUACAGGAAAUCUCUUGGUAAACUCGAACGAGCGGUUACCAACUGGACAAUCAAGGGAGUGGAUUGUGUUCUUCAACUCGGUGACAUCAUAGAUGGAUUGAACACAGUACACAACGCUUCCGGAAGUGCACUUGCAUCAGUUAUUGAUAUUUUAAAUCUAUUUCCGGGUCCAAUUUACCACACGUGGGGAAACCAUGAAUUGUACAACUUCACACAGGAGGAGCUUAAAAGAUCCCUUUUGUUCAGUGGUAACAUGCCACAGUGCGCAUGCCCAGAUGGAAAGACGUAUUAUUCGUUCAACAUUCACAGGAAGCUGAAAGUUGUGGUACUGAAUUGUUAUGAAAUAAGUAUGUUGGGUCUACCAAAAGACUCCGCAGAAUACAAAGAGGCCUAUGAACUGAUCUCAAAAAAUAAUCCAAAUGAGAGUUUGAACAAUCCAGAUGGAUUGCAGGGAUCAAAUCGUCGGUUUGUCAAAUUUAAUGGAAUGGUGUCAAAUUCCCAACUGAAAUGGUUGAAAGAAAUUUUACAAAAGGCUGAAGAAGAUCAGGAAAACGUCAUCAUAAUGGGUCAUGUUCCGAUUUGUGAGAAGAGUACAAACAACAUGUUUCUAUGCUUAAACUACGCAGAAAUCAUGGCAGCAAUAGCUACAUACAGCGCGUGUGUACUCUGCUACUUCGCCGGUCAUUACCACGAGGGCGGAAGUUACGUGGACAGUUCCGGUAUACUACACGUAACAUUUGCCGGAGUUAUAGAAAGUGAAGAUAUGGAUGCUAAUGCAACAGCCUACCUCUACAGUGACCGAUUAGUCAUAAAGGGCAUGGGAAGUUACUCAUCCCACGAAGCAAAACUCAAGUUUCCAAUCAGCUAG